AUACAACACAUUAUUAUUUUUUUCGAAACCUAUUCAACACAUUAUUAAUGAGUCAAGCACGAAUUGAUUGAACCGAACUCGAACCACUUAGUACUUACAUGGUAAUCUUUGAUUAUUUACGAUCUAAUAAAAGUAAACACCUUCCUUCAUUUUUUCGAUCGUUGACGCAAUUACGCAAAGCACAAUCUCUCUCUCACCCUCUCCAAAGACAGUGUAAAGCGAUGGACCUGAGAAAUUAACCCUUCUCUUUCGGACUUUUGGCUCUUCGAAACGACGACGCUUGUUUGGUUGUGUUUGGGUUCGGCCAUGGCAGAUUCCUCAAAACAAGAGCUGGUCCAGCUGAUCAAGCGCUUCGGGGCUUAUCUCACCAUCAAGAUUUCCAAGCUCCUCCCGAUCUCCCUCCAAAAAAUGGAUUCACGAUCUGUUGGGGCCAUUGCGGGGCUUGCUGUUGCAAUAGUCUUCACUUGGAGGCUUUUGAGAUCACCUAGUCAACCUCAAAGAAGGCUACCCAAACGGCAAUCUGGUACACCCAGUAGUUCGGGUGCCAAUACCAAUUCAAAUGCAAAUCUGGUAGUUUCCGGUGUUUCUUCAUCCUUGGAGGACUUAAGAGCACAAACUGUUGUUGACGAAUUCUUUCAGUCAGUGAAGCCAACUUUGGGGCAAAUUGUGAGGCAGAAAUUGAGUGAAGGAAGAAAGGUAACCUGCCGUUUACUUGGAGUAAUUCUCGAGGAAAGUAGUCCAGAGGAGAUUCAGAAACAAGCAACCGUUAGGUCCCCUGUGCUGGAAGUACUGUUGGAAAUCACGAAGUUUUGUGAUCUAUAUCUCAUGGAAACAGUUUUGGAUGAUGAAAGCGAACGAAAGGUUCUUCUGGCUUUAGAAGAUGCUGGGAUUUUCACAUCUGGUGGUUUGGUCAAAGACAAGGUUCUUUUCUGUAGUACAGAGAUUGGCCGGUCAUCUUUCGUACGGCAAUUGGAACCCGACUGGCACAUUGACUCAAAUCCUGAAAUCAUUUUUCAGUUAUCUAGAUUCAUCAAAUAUCAACUUCACAUAUCUCCUAACAGACCCGAACGGACUGCUCCGAAUGUAUUCAGCACCCCAUCCUUGGAACAGUUCUUUGGAUGUGUCUAACUCUGAAAACGGGAAAAAAGAUAGUAAUAUAAUUUGGAACUUUUGUUAGGUUGCCUUCUCUCUCUCUCCUAUGGAUUUUAUUCAUAACUUGGAGUUUCUGUUCGAAUAAGCCCGAUGUUCUUUGUAUCCUCAUACGGCUGGUAUUCAGAUGAAAACUUGUAUUUCCUUCCCAAUGUUUUUAAGGGAGAGAAGUCUUCGUUGCUUGUAAUUCUUGUAAAAGAUUUGGUCUACAUCCGAACUUGGUCAUCGGAAAUUUCAUCAAAUGGAAGGUCUGUGUAUUUUAGUACAAGAAACAUAGGAGUUCCGGAGUUAUGGUUUUGCAAUGUUUUGUUC